AGUUCGCCCCUUUCGCCCUAUUUUCAACAUUGUUCGAUGUUAUUGUUUUAUCAUUGUUUAAUAAAUAACAUUCGAUGAUAAAAAAACUAAUUAAAUGUGUGUGUGAUGUGUUUUGAAUUUAUCUGACUUUUGUUUGAUAAGAAAAACAACAAUGGUGGGUGUUUUAAAUGAUUCUGAUAGUGACGAUGAAUUACCACCGGGAUGGGAAGAACGAGCAACAAUUGAUGGAAAUGUUUACUACGUAAAUCACUUUACGAAAGGUACACAGUGGACACAUCCACGAACUGGUCGCAAAAAAUUAGUCGAAGGAGAAUUACCAACUGGUUGGGAAAGGUGUAUUUCAAACGACGGAAAAGUUUUAUUUGUCGAUCAUAAUCAUCAAACGACAACGUACACUGAUCCUAGAUUAGCAUUUGCAACAGAAUUUCGCGAAAUGUCACAACCAGUUCGACAGAGAUUUGAUGGAAGCAGUACAGCUCUCGCUGUACUUCAUGGACGAGAUUUGAGGGGAAAAGUUGCUUUAGUAACAGGUGCAAAUGUAGGAAUAGGGUACGAAACAGCAAGAUCGUUAGCUUUACACGGUUGCAAAGUUGUGUUAGCUUGCAGAGAUUUAGAAAAAGCCCAAGAAGCUGCAAGAGAAAUUGAACGUGAACGGGAAAAUAUUUCUUGUGAUGUUUUACAUUUGGAUUUAUGUUCAUUACGACACGUUCAAAUGGCUGCCGAUUCAUUUAAGCAAAAAUAUAAAAGCCUUCAUAUGCUUAUAUUGAAUGCUGGAGUAUUUGCAGUUCCUUAUUCAUUGACAGAGGACGGCUAUGAAACGACUUUUCAAGUCAAUCAUUUAGCUCAAUUUUUUUUCACAUUGUUGCUAAAAGAACCACUUCAUCAUUGUGAAAGUUCAAGAGUCACAAUUCUUUCCAGCGAAUCUCAUAGAUUUUCGUUUCUUACAUCGCCGAAUGAUAUUGAACCGUUGAAUUUAUCACCACCUGAAUAUAAAUACUGGCAAAUGGCUGCUUACAAUAAUUCAAAAUUAUGUAAUAUUUUAUUCGCUCAAGAAUUAGCGAGACAAUGGCCAACUGUAAGUGUAUUUAGUUGUCAUCCUGGAAAUAUGGUUUCAUCAAGCCUACCACGACAAUCAUGGUUAUAUCGAUUUAUAUUUGCUCUUGUUCGACCAUUCACAAAAUCAUUGCAACAAGCAGCGAGUACGACUGUUUAUUGUGCAACAGCUUCUGAAUUGGAAGGCGCAACUGGUUUAUAUUUUAAUAAUUGUUUUCGUUGUGAAUCAACUCGUCAAAGUAUGGAUCCAGAAUUGGCGCAAAAACUUUGGAUUGUUAGUCAAGAAAUGUUAAAAUUGGCAAAUUUUCACAUAGACGAUAAGUGAGGUUGAUGAAAAAAAAAAAAAAAUCAUUUGUAAAUAUUUCUUCCAAUCUUCUGAUCUCGUAUAUUAUUUACUGUGAUUAAAUUUUUUAAUUUGGUUUGUCUUGUUUUUAAAUAAAUAACUUUUUUACUAAUUGAAA